GACGUCAUUCAGAAAUAUUCGCUGUGGAUGCUGGGAGAUCAAUAUCCAUGGAAGACAUUUUGGAUUUAAAAUAAGCUCCGUUGGCAACACAUUUAUCAUUGCGGUCGCCCUGAUAUUUAUUUAGAAUGUACCGUCAACGAGUUUGUUUGUCAGUUGUACGCAAUGGAAUGGCGUCGUUCUUGUAAAAAAAAUCACGCAUUUUUCCCGAACCAAAUCGCCGUGCUCAUCUGCGAAUUCUGUUGGGAUAGGUUUCUUGCUGUUGCAUGUACAUCGAGAAGGCUCCUAUAGUUCCUUGCUGUCCUACGAGGAAUUAACCAAUUUAGUGUAUUAGGUCCUAGGUCCACUAGGCAAUGUCAAUCAUGGUGUACCCCAGGGAAGACCGUCUGGAGAAGCUGUCCCAGGAGGAGAUCAUCUCCAGCACCAAGCUGGUGAUCCAGGGCCUGGAGGCGCUGAAGAGCGAGCACAACUCUAUCUUGCACAGCCUGCUGGAGACCAUCCGCUGCCUGAAGAAGGACGAGGAGGCCAACCUGGUGCAUGAGAAGUCCAGCCUGCUGCGCAAGUCAGUGGAGAUGAUCGAGCUGGGGCUGGGCGAGGCGCAGGUGAUGAUGGCCCUGUCUGCCCACCUGAACGCUGUGGAGUCGGAGAAGCAGAAGCUGCGUGCCCAGGUACGUCGACUGUGCCAAGAGAACCAGUGGCUGCGGGACGAGCUGGCGGGCACCCAGCAAAAGCUGCAGAAGAGCGAGCAGAGUGUGGCCCAGCUGGAAGAGGAGAAGAAGCAUCUGGAGUUCAUGAAUCAGCUGAAGAAGUACGACGAGGAUGUGUCCCCUACUGAGGAGAAAGAUGGAGAGUCUCCUAAAGAUACACUGGACGACCUCUUCCCCAAUGAUGAGGAGGAAAACAGUCAAGGAAUGCCGCACCAGCAUAACAGCGCAGCGGUGGCCGCAGCCCAGCAGGGUGGCUAUGAGAUCCCGGCCCGCCUGAGGACCCUCCACAACCUGGUUAUCCAGUACGCCUCCCAGGGCCGCUACGAGGUGGCCGUGCCCCUCUGCAAACAGGCCCUGGAGGACCUGGAGAAGACAUCCGGACACGACCACCCUGACGUGGCCACCAUGCUCAACAUCCUGGCCCUGGUCUACAGGGACCAGAACAAAUACAAGGAGGCGGCUCACCUGCUCAAUGACGCACUGUCUAUCCGGGAGAAAACCCUUGGGAAAGACCACCCUGCGGUGGCUGCGACACUGAACAAUCUGGCAGUGCUGUAUGGAAAGAGGGGGAAGUACAAGGAAGCUGAGCCCCUUUGCAAGAGGGCUCUGGAGAUCAGAGAGAAGGUGCUGGGCAAGGACCAUCCUGAUGUGGCCAAGCAGCUGAACAACCUGGCCCUGCUGUGCCAGAAUCAGGGCAAGUACGAGGAGGUGGAGUACUACUACUGCCGUGCCCUGGAGAUCUACGAGCGCCGGCUGGGCCCUGACGACCCCAACGUGGCCAAGACCAAGAACAACCUGGCUUCGUGUUACUUGAAGCAGGGGAAGUACAAGGAGGCGGAAAUCCUUUACAAAGAGAUCCUCACCCAAGCUCACGAGAAGGAAUUUGGAUCUGUGGAUGCUGAGAACAAACCCAUCUGGAUGCAUGCUGAGGAGCGGGAGGAGUGCAAGAGCAAAGACUGCUAUGGAGAUUAUGGCGGCUGGUAUAAAAACUGCAAGGUGAACAGCCCCACUGUCAACACCACGCUACGUAAUCUGGGAGCUCUGUACCGCCGGCAAGGCAAGAUGGAGGCCGCUGAGACCCUGGAGGAGUGUGCCUUGAGGUCCCGAAAACAGGGUGGGGUGGAGCUGCAGAGAGACGGAGACAGGAGGAGGAGCAGGGAGAGUCUGAGCAGCGUAAAAUAUGAGAGCCCCUCUGAAGCAGGGGAGGACGGCAGCGUGGACUGGAACGGGGCCUAAAUCAGCGGGAUGACCUUCCUCCGCCUCACUCUUCUCAACCAAUCAAAAUCAAGCCAAUCGUAUCAAAAUGGAUGCCCCUCGUCAUUUCCUCUGUGUGAAGCCUUCUAAUCUCUCAUGGAGGACUCCUCCUUCAUCCCCACUCCAAAUCCUGGCCCAAACUGAUUAUACCUUUCACUGCCCCCUCUUUCUCUCCCCUCCUUUGUCACUCUCACACUGCCACGCAUUGCUCUCUAUCUUCUUCUACACUCUACCCCUCGUCUCCUUGUCUCUUGCCCUCUUCUUGCGUUUUCUUUAUACCUAAUUUUCUAUCUAGUUAUCUUCCUAUCUCAUUCAUGCCCACUGAUUUCUCUCAUCAUUCUGCAUCAUCUUUCAGCCCUUCUCUUCCUCUAUCCAUCUCUCCCCCUCUGUCCCUCCCUUUCUCUUGCUGUGUCAUCACUUGUAUAGUGUGUAUUAUAUUCUAACCAAUAAGAUGUUGGACAGUGGCACCAGAGGCCAAUUGAACACUGAAACUUAACUAUCAAAGCUUCGGAUUGGUUGUUUGAUUUUCCCUCUUCUGUUCUCCUUGUAUGCAAAUAUGAUUGUUUUUAAAUUGAUCUUCCAACAAGCAGUUAUAACGGCAUCAAUUAUUAGUCCACUACCAAAUGAGACCAGUCAGAAUUUUUAUCCCGUUUUGUUAUCGCUAUAACAUUAUUUGCCACUGAAGAGCAACUAGCUACAGUAGUGGUUUUAUUUUGCUGCAGCCAGCUUUUUGCCCUGACGUUUGACCAGGAUUGAACUACCUAGGUGCCUUUUUUUUUUUUUUUACUUAUUUUGUUAUCUUGCUACUUGUUUUAAGUGUGACCAUGACCCUUGUUAAAUAUUUAUGCGUACUAUUAUGUUAUAUAGGAGGAAAUGUAAGAAAAUAAACAAAUAUUGUGACACUAUUAUGAUUCCAAGUCACGUCGCCACUUACAAGCACCUUUUGAGUUUACACAUCGAUUACUUGUGUUAUUGAGAUGUGUAUCUGUCUCCUGUUUUAUUUUGUUUACUUUGAAAUAGUUUCUUAUAGCAUAGUGUUUAUCAUAAUGCUUAUUUCUUUGCAUUGUCCCUCUAAGCAAUUGCUUAAUAUUUUAAGCCAUUAUUAUUAUUAUUAUUAUUAUAUAGCCAUAAGUUUAGGAAUUAUGGUAUUGACUUUUUAAAGAGGAACAGCUUGCGAACUGUAGAAUAAAUGUUUGAAUUUAAUGGCAUUUUGCAAAUUGCUUCUCCAAACCCAUCUUGAAAAAAAUAUAUAUAAUCAUCUGUAAUUAUGCUCCAAGCGAGAUCUUGUUUCAUGUUUUGAAGUAGCCAAUGAAAAGGGACACAAACAGCAGAUACACAAAUUAAUAUACACUCUGCCGCACAAAGUUGUUGUAUUUGACUUUGUAUUUUGUAAGCUUCCAAGUGAAAUUUUGUGAGGUCCAUUAUUUGGUUUUACCUUGAUGGUCCUCUUGUUGUUCCUUUCAUAGCUCUCCCUCUUGUUAUCCUCUCGUCUUAAAAGCCUGCUUUACCCUGCCAUGGCGUAAGGCAGUCAUAACAGCUUAUGUUAGUUUAUGACACCACUAUGAAUAGCCAUGGCACACAUGCAAUUACCAAGGUUAGCUAUCUUGUCAGCCAACAACCUAGUUACCUUGAACACAGUAACAUGAGACCUAGCUGGUUGCUCAAAAGCUAUACGUUAUAAAUUGACAUGAGAUUUUAUGAAUACUGCUGAUGACUAUUGUUAUGCUACGCUUUUAGCAGCUUAAAGAUCGACUUUCGGUUGGGGAUUGAAGUUGGGUGUGAUCAUAUUGUGAGACAUCUUUGAACAGUUAUGUUUCCUCACUGUAAAGAUGUUUCAAACAAUGCUGUUUCUUGAAAAGUACUCACUGAUGUCUACGACUUAACUGUCCCAGUUUCUUUUGUAUUUCCCAUGUUUAAGUCACUUUUAGUUUAGUUAGUAUAAAUAUAGAAUGAGGGGAAACAAUGUAUUUUAGUCUGUGUAGUACUAGUAACUAACCUUUUGAGCUAGCCAGUUGUUUCAGCAUUAGCCAACACCACCAAAUUGAAGUUGCCUGUAUGCCAUGUAGUUACUCUAAGCACUUUAUCGAUGAUAUAAUAACUCUGUUUCACAAUCCGUGCAGGUAUGUACUCGAUUAUAGUAGAUUUACAGAAUGGUUUAAAAGUGCAUGUGCUAUACCAAAACUGAUGCGGUACUAUGAGACUAUUAGUUCAAGUAGUUCAAGUGUAUUUUAAAGUAAUUAUGCUAUUGUUAUCGUAUGAAAAUGCAAUUCCACUUAACUGUGGCAUUUUAGCAUCUCCGUGAACGCCGCAAACAGAUUAAAUAUACAUAUAAAAAAUUAGCAGUAAUUGUAGAGCCAAAGCAGUAGUAGUGGAGCUAGCCAAUUCUGACACACACUGGCUGGCUGGUAGGCCUAUGUAGUGGAGCAAUUUAGCUGUGUCAUACUUUUUUUCAUUGGUCCAUCUGUUGAAUGUUGUGCUCUCCAUUACUGGUUCUCCUCUCCCGGCAUUGCGUAGGCCUACGCACACCCUCGCUUGUUGUGUUGUGAUGAAUGUGUCUCUUAACCUUGUUUGACAUCGACUGAAAAUAAAGACUUUCAUUUUGGGCUUUU